AUGACUCAAAAGCAACAAACCGAACUCGUCAAGGCGUUCCUGGACGGCCAGAAAACGCUAGCGUCGUACGGGUUUUCAACCGCAAUGACUGGCCUCGAUGUGGACAUUUGUAGAAGUUGUGAGUGUCGGAAAGGCUAGCCGAAAAAUCGGACAAUAUCCGCAUUUGCAGACGCGUUCGAUUCUGUCAAGCAUUGUGCGUCGUUCAAGAGUGGUACGUCGAUUUUCGAUUCGACGUUGUGCCCAUCUUGUCUCAUUUUUCAGAAAAAGUCUGCAAAGAGACGCACAAAUCGUGCUGUGCCGAGCGGAAAAUCUGCGCAAAGCCCGCGUUGUACUGGCUGUCCGUUUAUUCGGCCGCCGGCUGUCUCGCUCUCCUCCUCCUCCUCGUUUUGCUAUUGGUGAUUCGCAAAAAGUGUCUGGGGAAGAAGAGCGCGGUGCCACGUGGCAGUGCGACUACUGGAACGAGCGCCACGAGCGGAACGAGCGGAACGACUGGCACCGAAACGCGCGACACGAAGAGGGCCAGGGACUACUAUUUUGGACAGAAGUGA